CAACAAGGAUGACUGUAGACUAGGACUCAAGAAACACAAAAAGACGAACGGCUUCGAAACUGUCGAUGAAAAAAAGGGUUGGGGAUAUCAGGCAAGAUACUUCUACACCUUACCUGACUAUGAAAUUGUCCGUGAACGGUUGGCAAAAAAGAAGUCCGAAAAAGGAGUCAUCAAGAAGCUCGUGAUGAAGCCCGGAAAAGCAGUCAUCAAGCCCGCGAUGAAGCCCGGAAAAGGAGUCAAGAAGUCCGCGAAGAAGCCUAGAAAAGGAGUCAAGAAGUCCGCGAUGAAGCGUAGAAAGUGUGCAACAGAAUGUCACGUCAUCGAGAAGCCUAUUAAGUUUGUCAAGAAGUAUGCGAAGAAGUCCAAAUAUAUAGAAGUCUUCCCGAAGAAAGAACAGGAGCCUGAGGUCCCUCGGAAGACGGAUCUGAAGCCCGAGGAUUCUGAUGAGGAUUUUGAUAAGGACUUUUUCGCGUACUCUUCUCAUGACGAGGAAGACGUUACAGCUGGAGAUGACGUACAGCUAGAGUCCAAGACGGCCGAGGAUUCUGAUGAGAAAAUAGAAAUCUUCCCGAAGAAAGAACAGGAGCCUGAGGCCCUUCGGAAGACGGAUCUGAAGCCCGAGAAGAUGGCCGAGGAUUCUGAUAAGGAUUCUGAUGAGGACUUUUUAAUGUACUCUUCUGAUGACGAGGAUGAUUCUAAUAACGACAUUUUCACGUACUAUUCUGGUGACGAGAAUGACGAUGACGUACAGCUAGAGUCCAAGACGGCCGAGGAUUCUGAUGAGAAAAUAGAAAAUCUUCCGAAGAAAGAACAGGAGCCUGAGGUCCUUCGGAAGACGGAUCUGAAGCCCGAGAAGAUGGCCGAGGAUUCUGAUGAGGACUUUUUAAUGUACUCUUCUGAUGACGAGGAUGAUUCUAAUAACAACAUUUCACGUACUAUUCUGGAUGAUUCUGAUAAGGACUUAUUCGCGUACUCUUCUGAUGACGAGGAUAAUUCUGAUAAGAACUUUUUCACGUACUCUUCUGAUGAUGAGGAUGGCGUGCAGCCUGAGGUAUAUGACAGUGCCACCCUUGCCUGA